GACAUUUUAGGAAUGGCUUGACCACACACUUAUAGUUUCAAAACGGUAUACUAGGUGGCGCUCUAAGGCGCCACCGGCGCAGGCUGCUCAGCUGUUUGUCGAUGUUUGUGUUUGUUUGUGUGUGUCUUGGUGUGUGUGCAGUGCACCAAACGCAUGGUGGUGUCGGUGUGUCUCGGUGGUGUAGAUCAGGAAUGCUGUGAAGGUUUAUCUUGAUUGAAUAGGCCUUCAAGUGAAUCGUUACAUAAAAAAAAAUCAAUUCUGUUUUUGUACCAUGCCAGAAAUAAAGGUGACGCCUUUGGGUGCAGGCCAAGAUGUUGGAAGGAGCUGCAUCCUCGUCUCCAUCGGCGGCAAGAACAUCAUGCUGGACUGUGGAAUGCACAUGGGCUACAAUGAUGAGAGGCGUUUCCCGGACUUUUCCUACAUCGCCGAUGGCUCGCUGACGGAGCACCUGGACUGUGUGAUCAUCUCACACUUCCACCUGGACCACUGCGGGGCGCUGCCCUUCAUGACUGAGAUGGUGGGCUACUCGGGGCCCAUCUACAUGACCUACCCGACCAAGGCCAUCGCGCCCAUACUGCUGGAGGACAUGCGGAAGGUGGCGGUGGAGCGGAAGGGGGAGUCGUCCACCAGCUUCUUCACGUCACAGAUGGUGAAGGAAUGUAUGAAGAAGGUGACGGCCGUGAACCUGCAUCAGACCGUACAGGUGGACAGUGAGAUCGAGAUCAAGGCGUACUACGCCGGCCACGUGCUCGGAGCGGCCAUGUUCCAUGUCCGUGUCGGCGACCAGAGCGUCGUCUACACGGGCGACUACAACAUGACGCCGGACCGUCACCUGGGCGCUGCCUGGAUCGACAAGUGCUGUCCCGACCUGCUUAUCACAGAGUCCACCUACGCCACCACUAUCCGUGACAGCAAGCGCUGCCGAGAGCGAGACAUCCUCAAAAAGGUCCACGAGUGUGUGGAGCGCGGCGGCAAGGUGCUGAUCCCGGUGUUCGCGCUGGGACGGGCCCAGGAGCUGUGCAUCCUCCUGGAGUCCUACUGGGAGCGUACCAACCUCAAAGUGCCCGUCUAUUUCUCGUUGGGACUGACUGAGAAGGCCAACAACUACUACAAGAUGUUCAUCACAUGGACAAACCAGAAGAUCAAGAAGACGUUCGUGGAGCGUAACAUGUUCGAGUUCAAGCACAUCAAGCCGUUCGACAAGUCUUACAUGGAGAACCCGGGCCCGAUGGUGGUUUUCGCCUCACCCGGCAUGCUGCACGCCGGCCUCUCGCUCAACAUAUUCAAACGAUGGGCGCCAGAUGAAAAGAACAUGCUCAUCAUGCCGGGCUACUGCGUGGUCGGCACUGUGGGCCACAAGGUGCUGAACGGCGCCAAAAAGGUCGAGUUCGAGAACCCCCGUACGGUGGUGGAUGUUCGAAUGGCCGUAGAGUACAUGUCUUUCUCGGCUCACGCGGACGCCAAGGGCAUCAUGCAGCUGAUCCAGUACUGCCAGCCCAAGAACGUGAUGCUCGUACACGGGGACGCGGAGAAAAUGGUCUUCCUCAAGUCCAAGAUCCAGCAGGAGCUGUCGCUGGACUGUUUCAACCCAGCCAACGGCGAGACGUGCACGAUUGUGACGAAGCCGACGAUAGCGGCGGACGUGUCUCUGUCGCUACUGAAGCGAGACCUGCAGCCGGUGGCUGAGAUAGGCGACCUGCGCGUCAAACGCCGCAAACUGAUGCACGGCGUGCUCAUCGUCAAAGGCAACAAGGUGCGUGUGCUGGACAGUGACGCGGCGUGCGCGGAACUGGGCGUGACGCGUCACGAGAUCCGCUUCACGUCGACCGUGACGCUGGAGGACCCGGGACCGGUGUCACGCACCAUCGAUAAGCUGCACACCCACCUACAAAAGCGCCUGGGUAUAACGCAGCACCUGGGUGACGGUCCAAUCAACAUCGGUUCGGUGCUACUGCAGGUGUCCGGCUCCGACCAGGAGGACCUCAAGGAGGCCAUCGUCUCCUGGACCUACCAGGACGAUGCUCUGGGCAGCUACAUUCUGAACAGUAUCAAGAACAUUGACCGGUGACGCUUCGGCGGUGAGCUCUAUCGUUCGUCUCGCCCAUCUCACCAGAUGUCACCUAGCGCGUUCUCACCGGCUCUCACCACUGGCGUUCUCACCAGCUCUGACCACGGGGUUAUCAACACCUCUCACUGAGCAUGCGGCCGAUUCGACCGCUUUGUGACCGGAAUUGCUCCACCAUUAGUGGUCUGUGUGACAGAUCAUGAACUCAUUGAUCUGUUGACCAUUCGUGAUCGAUGAUAAACUUCAACUCCAAAUCACGCAGUCGCGGCCAUGAAAGGAGUGGUGUGGCUCAUCAUCGGCUUUGGAGAUGAUAAUGGGUUUGAUUGUUCGAAUGUGAUGGUUUCGAAAGUCGUCACGGUUACUUGCCGUGACUGACUACCCCGUGAUGUGACCUCGUUACUGUCGAUGAUGCGCGCUGAGUGCUGAAUAUGUUCAGUAAUGCCCCUUUCACAAGCAAGAAAACGACUUCCUGUGGGGGUUACCGUGCGAGCGAGCACCACCACCUUUAUGCUAAUCUGACUGUGGGUUUGCUCAGAUCGAUCACAGCCUUCUGGCGACAGAACCCAGCCGAGCCAGUCUGGUGGUUCUCAUUUGCUGUGACGGUGUGCUGACGUGAGUCUUGUCUUUGAGUAUGUUCGCUGCGCUCGAUGACGCGUGCUUGUACGGAAAUGGUGAUACGGAAAUGGGAGAGUGAUUUUGGUACGAACUGAUUGAUGUUUUUGUCAAUGAAACCUGUAGCCUCCAGGCGUCUCCAAAA